AUGGGCCCUGUGUCCAGAAAGCAGACGCUGCUGCCCCGCCUCCCCAGGACUUCACUGGGGCCGCCAGGGGACGAGGUCCCCCGGAGGAAGGCAGCCCAGCCGCGGGCGCUCAUUGGCCACGGCGCGGCCGCAUCAGUCCCCGGGGGCGGGGCGCGGGCCGCAUUGUCUGGUCCGGGGCCGGCCGGACGCCCCGCGGGCCGGACCCGGGCCACCCCGGGCUGGAAGGGGGCUGGCGCCGGCCUCCCGAAGGGCUGCGUGCGCGGCCUCGGCCGGGCUGCCGAGGAGGCGCAGGCCGCGCGGCCCUGGCGGCCGCAGGGCAUUCGAGGCCGCUGCGAGUGCCACGUCUCCAGGAACCCACUCCUUCCGCCGGGACGCACCCCUUCCCCCGCGCGGGCCCCGACCCCUGAAGCUGUGGAUGGCUCCGACCCUGCCGAGGGCGGGAUCGCCGCCAGCACGCUGAGUCCCCAGCCGGCCUGCGCCUUCGGACCCCGCGGGGGGCGAGGGGCGCUCCUUGGGGAGCGCGCUCCGGUGUCCCCCGCCACCCCGAUCCCGGCCUGCGCUGCAGGGGGCGGCCCCCCGCGCUUGGGAGGGAGCGGCAGCCGCGCGGCACAUCUCUCGCUGACAGCUCACCCCGCCCUGAGAACUGCCCUGGGGUCCAGUGCCAUCAGUGAUGGUGUCAACUCAGAGCUUCUGUCCAUGGACCGCAAUUGCUCCUCCUCAGCAUGGCUGACAGUGGGGUUGUCCACAGCGUCCCAGCAGGACCAGAAGAACCUCCUCUACACGCUCUUCAGCCUGUUUCACUCUGUCUCCAAAGCUGAGCGGAAGCGGCUCACGGUGUUAAUACACUUAGCCUACCCAGACCUCGCUGGGCUCAGGGACACCGUGGCGCACAUAUCAAGACUCUUCAGUCCCCAAAUCCUGGCAGGGCAGCUGCUGGUGAUCCACGCCCCAGAGGAAGUCUACCCGGCCGUGGAUAAGCAGGACUGGGACUACGGUGGGCAGGAAUACUCCAAGCAGAAUGUGGCCCAUGCCUUCCUCAUGAGUUUUGCCAAGAACCUCUCCAGCUACUUCCUGUUAUUGGGAGACAACGUCUUCUGUGCUCCCAACUUCAUCACGCACAUUCACUCCAAGGUGACUGCCUUGAAGUUCUAUCCUUGGGCGCUGCUGGAGUUCUCCAACAUGGGCUUCCUGGGCAAGCUCUUCCGCAGCAGGGACCUCCCACUCUUGGCCCACUUUCUGCUGCUCUUCCACAAAGAGAAACCACUAGACAGGAUGAUCUCUCACUUCCGCUCCCUCCUCGGCCAGGAUGACCCCAUCCUCAGCCAGCCCUUCCUCUUCUACCACAGGGUAUACCACCCCACUACUGGCAAUGAAGCGGUUCCCAAACAUAGCCCUCCCGACAGGCCCAACAACCCACCUGCAGCUGUCUACACCAAUAUGAAGGUGUUCACCGUCCACUUCCCCUGGGAGGCCUACACUCUGGACGAGUCAUUCUUCUGGACCUACAACGUGAGCGUGGAGAACCACCUGACUGUGAUAUUGAACCACCCAGCAAACCUGAGCAGGGUGCAGGUGCUGACGGGCUCCAUUGUGGACGGGGCGAACGCCCUGGAGCAGGGGCAGGUGGAGCUGGGAUAUAACCCCUUGGGGACACCUCAGUACUGCACCAGCUUCACCCUGCUGGGCCACCUCCUGGAAGGGCAGAUGGACCAGAAGAUAUUCGGGAGGCGUAUGGGGUAUGAAGUGAGUUGUGUGAGGCUGGUGGUGAAGCUCUCUCAGCUGGGUGGUCUCAUGGUCAGGCACAUCAACCUCUGGGAGGAAAAAUCCCAACUACCAACACCCUGAUGGGGAGUCA